AUGGAGUUUCUGUGUUCUACUGGAGGAGAUGUCUCAACCAGGGACGAUCUAGUUGUUGCUACAGCACUGGUGAAAUGCUUUGGAAGUCACAGGAGAAUCAAUGAAGCUGAGGAGGUGUUUGAGAGAUUUCGACUCUGUAGAUUCGACUUGGUGCUCUGGAACGCCAUGGUAUGGGCUUAUGCCGACACCAGCCAUCCCGAAGAAGUUCUGUUCGUGCUGAAAAAGAUGGAUCUGGAAGGUGGUAAGGCUGAUACGUUCACUUUGGGGCUUGGAUCUGGUAGCAGCAGUUAUCAACUCGUACUCCAAGUCCCCCAGAGGCUCGGGCUUGCGAGGAGCGCUUUCGAAGGACUAGCGACGGACAAACGAGAUACAGUUGUGUGGAGCUCCAUGAACAUGGGAUACGCACGAUCAGGCCACAUCCAAGACGCUCUGGAGAUCUUCUCGAAGAUGGAUCAUCCGGACAAGAUCACAAUCGCGCAGGUGCUGGAUGCCUACGCGGAUCUGGCAUGCCUCAGCCAGUGCAAGGCCGCUCAUCGGGAUUUCGUGUCGCCAAACCAAGAGCUCGAGUCGGAGACAAUGGUGGCCAACGCUCUUGUACACAUGUACGCGAAGUGUGGGAGCCUGGACGAGGCCAGGAGAGUUUUCGACAGAAUGAGCUUGCAGUCCAGGUACAUCGUCUUGUGGACUGCCAUGAUCUCGGCUUACGCCCAGCACGGCCGGAGCUCCGAGUCGAUGGAGCUGUUCCAGACGAUGCAGCAGCAAGGAGUGGAGCCGAAUCAAGUGACUUUCAUCAGUAUCUUGAGCUCUUGCAGCCACUCGGGCUUGAUCGAUCAAGCAGCAUACUGUUUCUACAGCAUGGAGCAAGAUCAUAGCUUGGUGGCGUCCCAGAUUGAAUUGCUUUUGAAACUGAAUUGA